UCCAUUAAUCACAUACAGACCUUAAAAAAUGCAUCAAAACUCAGACAUCCUGCUAAAUCUAAUAACAUUUCACUGUCACGUCAUUACAAGGAGAUCAGGAGCUUCUAUUGCUAUUUGCAGUUAUAACUAUGUAAUCAGUGCAAUUAGAUUCUCAGUUUCAUGUAUCUGAAUGCAAAAACUCAAAAUCUUACCAAGUCUGUUUAUCUUUAGUCAAAAUAUCUAAUCCCACUUGAUUUAAGAUAAAUUCACUUAACAAGUGACAUUUCAACAAGAGGGAGGGACUUGUUUUAAGACAAUGCAUCUUAAAUAUCUUGUUAAGCCAAACAAUCUUGAAAUUAUCUUGAGUUGUAUUUUAUAAGAAAACUCAAAAGUUUAAUACAUCUCAAAUUAAGAGGUUACAUUAAGAUUAUUAUAUUUUAAGACACCUAAGCUUGACAAUCCUGCUAAAAUAGAGCUUAAAAUAAGUUUUCCCCAGCUAAUUUUGAGAUCUCAAUAUUCUAAAUAUCAUAUCUUAUUUCAAGAAGUCUUACCAAGCCAUUUUUCACUUCUUCUAUUAGCAGAUUUUUUCACUUAUUUCAAGGUAAAAGUUCCUUGAAAUAAGUUUUUUUUUUCUUGUUUUGAGAGGGGCAUUUUUUCCAGUGCUCUACCUAGUGCCGUGAUAAACAGAAUGCACUUAUCACUCUUCAAUACUGAGGAAGACUGAUAUUUAAUAUAGAAAGAACAGUGCGAAAGAGCAUGUGCAUUAAACACUGUUAAAAAACUGUGCAGAAGGUCAAGAUAUGCAUCCCAGUAGGACAAAGGUUGCAUUAAGUCCUUCGGUCGGUGAUGUUGGAUGGCGAGGAUGGAGCAGUGGUUUGCCUGAGGGUGAAAUCUGUCUUUGAACCUUGAGGUUCUACAUUUCAGACUCCUGAAGCAUCUGCCAGAUGGCAGUGUCAGGGUUUCUGCAGGGCAUUAAAAAGCAUUAAAUUUGACAAGAAACCCUGACGGUGUGUAUUCUGAUCAUGUUGUUGGCUCUUCUGAACACUGGGCUGAUUUGAUCACCAUCUGUAGAUGCUUGUGUGUUGUAACACCAUACUAUGAUGCUACUAAUGAUAAUGUGUCAGUGGUGCACCAAUAGAGUGAUGGUGGUAGUAAAUGUCCUCACCCUCUUCACGAAGUACAGCCCCUGCUUUGCUAUCCUGAUUGAUGCGGCGUGUCCAGGAGAAGUCCUUAAUGCUGUGUCCACCUCAGGCCCACUGUUACAUAAUGUAUUUGCUAAAGACCUGGAGGCUUUUGCAAGGCAUGCUAAAAGAAGCACAGUCAAUGCAGAGGAUGUAAAACUUGUAGCCCGUCGCAGUACUGCAUUGUCCAUCUACAUACAAAAUAAAAGUGAAGAACUGACCCAGGAGCAGAGGGAUUUGAAAAAGAAGGGUACUGGGAAGAGGAAGAGCAGAGACACUGAAGAGGACAGAAGAGAAUAAGGACAGGACAAAGGCAAGCCUGCAGUGUCUCAUUCAUGCCCAACAUUCAAACGAACAUGAAGAUUCACUAAUACAUGACAGUGAGUCAAGUGACACGCAAGUUUCUUAGUUUUGAGAGUUAUGCAUUUCAAAUAGUCUACAGCAUGAGACUUUGUCAUACCACACUAACCGCUCUGCAGGUUUGGAACGAAUAUCCUCCAGCUUCUAUUGUCACCUGCUAAUCUAAUGUCAAACUGUAGUGCAUCUGGCACAGGUUUGACGUAUGAAAAUGCCCAUGUAUGAAUUGAAAAACAUUAAAGUCUUAUUCUUUAAAGUAC